AUGCCCAAGGACCGCUUCAACAUGAGCCCCUACCACACGCUGCUGCUCACGCUGCGAGACCAGCGCAUGCUGCUCGAGAUCGAGAACGACCUGGUCGAGGACACGUUCCGCAAGUACGAGGCGUACGUCAUGAGCAACUCGCAGGUGAACCUCGCGCGCUGGAAGCACGUCAAGUCCAAGGACGACCUGCACAUCUACGCCAAGAAGUCGACCCGGGGCUCGAUGCGGCGCAACCAGACAGGGUGCUGCCCGGUGCCCAUCGACGACUGCAGCGGCGGCGUCAAGCCCGUGGUACUCAGCGUCGGCUCGUUCCAAGGGCAGCUGGACGACCUCAUGUUCGGCACGGUGAACCCCACGACGGACAUCAUGCACAUCAAGGCGUCCUAUGUGCGGGAUUACAGCGACGGCGCCGUGCUGGCCACGCUGGUCUCGCCUACUGCCUCGGAGCCAUUUCGCUCGGUCACGGUCAAGUGGUUCCAGAUCGAUCUACCCCUAAGCCGCACGGGUCUGCUGCACGACCGCGACUUUAUCUGCCUGGAGGCGUCGGGCAUUCUACACUUCGCUAAUGGAGAGCGGGUGGGCUACAUGAUGCUGCACUCCAUCGAAUCGCCCAAGACUCAACCCCUGCCUAAUGUGAUUCGGGCCAAGCACAACUGCACGGGGUUCUUCCGGCAGAUCGCGCCGAACGUCAUCGACACGUUCUGCUUCGACUCGGUGGAGCCGGGCGGUAACCUACCAGAGUCGGUGGUUCUACCAGUGUGUGCCAACGCUCUACUGUCGGCUACGAAUUACGUCGAGUGCGGGCUCAUGAAGAAGUUGACCUGGCUGCUGCAGCGCCGACGAGCGGAGAACGUCCCGACCGCGCCGCACUACCAACACGUUUGCAUGACCUGCCGCCGCGAUCUUCGGUCGGGUCGGGCCAGGCGCUUCAAGGACACGUGCAAGAUCUGCAUGAAUGGGUUGUGCUCCGCGUGCAAGGUGGUCAAGACCAUCAGCUUCCUCUCGCCCGACAGCAAGUUGUUGCGGCACAAGAUCGCGUUCUGCACGACGUGCGUGGAGUAUUCCAACCGCAUGAGCGCGAUGGAAGCAGCGAGCGAUCAGGCCGUGGGGUUCCAAGCCUACUGCGCCUUCUAG